GAAUAGCAUCCAUUUCGAUCCAAGCUUCUCUCUUGUUCAUGCCUUGGAUGCUCGAUGCCGCUCGAUGCCGGUAGGUAUGGCAUCAUGAAUAAGAUCCCCAUAGAAUCAAAAGCCGCAGGUAAUAAGAUCCUCAGCACUAGCUAGCCAAUGAGCAGAUCUGGCCGUUGAGCACGAGGAUGAUGGCUGCUUGCUUGCUGGCUCAGAUCGUGUCCGUCUCUCGGGGAGGGCGAACAAUGACAAGGUCUAUCCUAUCCUCCAUCUUUCUUGGAGAGAAAAAAAGACCGACCGAAGACUUCCUUGGGAGAUCAACGAAGCUUCUCCCGCCCAAGUGCCUUUCUUUCUUCAUCAUCGUUCAAAUCCAUGUCCAAUUUUCUUCAACGUUGACCCCAGCCGAGGUAGGGGAUGCUGAAACGGUCCUGAAAAGAGCUCGGCUUGCUUCAGGUUAUGCAGCUAUCCACUUACCGUAUGCAUCCAUUCUACGCUAGCCAGCUGAAGAAUUCUGGUGGAAGAGGGGAGAUGAUGGGAUAGGAUAGGAUAGGAUGCUGGGAAAUAAGUUCAUCACAAUGCUCAAAUUCAUGCGUGGGC